AUGCAGCCGGCUGAGUGCGCAGUUGAGGAAGCGCAAAGAAAGCAGCCUGCUGACGCCAUCGUCACACCUAUUGGGCUCACUUCGGGCCAACCAGCCGACAUUCCGUCCUCCGUUCCAGUCCCGUCUGCCUGGCCGGCUGCUGCGAAUGGUGUCUCGGGCGGAGAAAAGGAGGAAGACGAUGAUGGCGACGAUGACGAUGUGGUAUGUAUGCCCUUCCUAACUGAACUCUCUCUCCCUCUCUAA